UUGCUUAUUAAAGUCGGUGUCUCUCUUACUUUACUUAGCUGUUUUUUUUCUUCUUUAUUUGUACCACUCUAAAAAUAAUAAAAUAAAAGAAGAAGUUUGUUUCGAGUAGCUAGUUACAGAUGUCUUCUUUUUCCACAAGAAACACUGAUGAAAGGCGGAUUAUGCCAACCCCUCAUCAGACUGCUGGUGAAUCGAUGGUUCAGAGUGAGAUCGUACCAUCAUCUCUUGCUGAGAUUGCUCCAAUCCUUCGUGUUGCUAAUCAAGUUCAAACAAGUAACACCAGAGUUGCUUUUCUGUGUCGAUUUUAUGCCUAUGAGAAAGCUCACAAGUUGGAUCCAACUGCAAGCGGACGCGGUGUUCGCCAAUUUAAGACUGCACUUCUACAGCGUCUAGAAAAGGAAUACGAACCCACUUUAAAGGAAAGAGUAAAAAAGAGCGAUGCACGUGAGAUACGGAGUUUCUAUCAGCAGUACUACGAAAAAUACACCGAAGCAUUGCAGAAGGCUGCUGAUAAUCGUAAUUUCAGUGAACAACUUACAAAGGAAUAUCAAACCACGGCGGUCCUUUUCGAGGUUCUCAAGGCUGCGACUGUCGGAGUAGAUUAUGCUUUGGAGGUACCCCCAGUCCCACCGCCUUCACCUCCAUGCAAUCCUUUCAGCACUAUACCGCUAUUGUAGUGCUGAAUCAUGUCAAGAGUGAAGAAGCAUCAUAAAUUAAGCACAAAACCUUAAUUAAAUAACUAAAUAUGUUUAUGAAUGUGAGAUUUAGAACUAAUUAAUUAAAUAAGAAGAAUGCUAUGAUUGUAGUAUAAAGUAAUGUUUGAAAAUUUAUAGACGACACGAACGUUCAGCUUGCAGUGUCUUACUUUCAAAUUGAAGAUCUAUUUUAAGCCUU